GGCUCAGUGUAGAAAUUUCCUUUGGCUCGCUUGGUCGCUCGAGCGGUCGCAGGUCGUCGAUGGUGGACUGUUGUUGUCGCCGCGUCAUUUUAUUGGACAUUGUUUUUCGAGGCGCCGCCGUCGGUUGCAACCUCACAUCGCACUUAUAUCGCGUCGCAGUUAAAAAACAAAAGCAGCAGCAACAUUUGCAACAGCAGCAACAUCGAUCGUCCAUGUGAAAUGCUAUGCUAGAUUGUGAAAUUUCAAAUUGAAUACAAAAUAAAAACUGAAAUCCCUAAAAAGGGGCCACAAAUAAGAAAGUUUUGGCUUAACAAGAGUGAAAGAUGGAAAAAAACGAACUGAAUCAAAUUAAAAUGUGUGCAAAAUCAUUUAGCAUCAGCAAAAGAAGCAGCAGCAGCAAUAACAAAUGAGUGAAUUAUAGUGACAAAAUAAUUUAGAGAAGCCAAAAGUGACAGUGAAUAAUGUUGAGAGCGCCCACACAGCACAUCGUGCAACUCGGUUUCGGAACGAAGACGACGACGACGACGACGACAACAUCGACAGCGGCAAUAUCUGCAGCAGCAACACCAAGCGGCAAGCAGCAACAGCAGCGCAAAACACUGUUGCAACGCUUCCGGCAGCAGCAACACAAGUUGCCCAAAGUCACAAUCGAGGAGACAACAAUUGACACAGAAUUUUAUUUUAAGAAGCAGCAGCAGCAUCAUCAGCAGCAGCAGCAUCAGCAAACUUCCUAUCAGCAAGGCGAUAAUUGUUUGUUAUUUUUGACAACAGCAAUAGCCACAAACACCGAGCAAUUGCCGAAGAAGCCGAAGAAAAAGAAGGAGCCGUGCAGCUAUAAUUUCGCAUCGGCUCUCAGGCGCAACAAGAAGCCAAAACCAGCAGCGGCAACAUCGACCGACGACGACGAUAGUUGUCGCAGCAUCAACAGCAACAGCAGCACCAGCGGCAGCAGCAACAGUUUGUCUAAUAGUUGCAUUAACAAUCAUAACAACACUCAUUAUAAAAACAGUAAAAACACCAGACACACCACUUGUAGUGGUAGCAGCAACAGCAGCAGCAGCAACAACAACAACUACAUUGGUAAUUACAAUUGCAAAACAAGUGAACAACAAGCGUGGAAAGCAGCAGCAACAGGAACUACAACACAACAGCAGCAGCAGCAACAACAACUGCUCAUUAGCAGGCCAAGUGAUCGGCAAUAUCCCAGCAGCAGCAGCAACAGCAACAACAACAUCAGCAGCAGCAGCAGAAGCAACAACAGUGGUGGCCAUAUCAUCAUGUCACCCACUUCGCAGGCGCCCACUCGAACCUCCCUGUUCGAUUCCUGUCAUCGAAAGAUACGCCUGAUCGGCGGCGGUCCAGUUGCCUUCUUGGGCGGAUUGGUUGCCAAGGCUCGUCGCAAGGAGCGCGAUGGCGAUCAAAAUUCAACAGACACCAAAUUGUAUUUGGAGGAGAGUGUCCUAGAACGUAAAUUACCUGAAGCUGAUCUCAAAGCCUUAGUCGAUCUUCCAGCUGGUUUGGACUACAAUGAAUGGCUAGCGUCACACACCCUGGCUCUAUUUGAGCAUGUGAAUUUGGUUUAUGGAACUAUUAGUGAAUUUUGUACACAAUCCGGUUGCGCCGACAUGACCGGACCCGGCAACAGAACGUACUUAUGGUUCGACGAGAAGGGCAAGAAGACGCGCGUCGCAGCUCCACAGUACAUCGACUAUGUGAUGACUUUCACCCAAAAGACGGUCAGCGAUGAGUCGAUAUUCCCAACCAAAUACGCCAACGAGUUCCCCGGCUCGUUCGAGUCGAUUGCGCGGAAGAUACUACGCUUGCAAUUUCAUGUGAUAGCGCAUCUGUAUGCGGCGCAUUUCCGAGAAAUCGCGCUGCUCGGCUUGCACACCCAUCUUAAUCUGACGUUCGCGCACCUCACCGCUCUGCAUCGGCGCUUCAACCUGAUCGACGAGAAGGAGACGGAUGUACUGCGCGAUUUGGAGGUGGCCCUGCGGCUAACCGACGACACUGCUGGUUGCCAGGAUGCCAACUCCACUGCGACAUCGUCGUCGUCGUUGGUGCACGAGCACACCACCUCCGAGCAACACCAGUCGCUUCAACAGCAGCAGCAGCAACAGCAGCAGCAACACCACAACAGCGGCAGCAACAGCAACAGCACCUCUUCGGCGGAGGCGUUGCACACGGUCAAUUCACAAAGCAACAAUGGCAGCACAUCCGCGUCCGUUUCCGUUUCCGCUUCCCUCAUCGAUGGCGAUGCGGUGGCGCCGCCGAUCUGCACGCAACCGGAAGCGGGAGCGGGCUGCAAGCCGGCAGGGAGCAGCGGACUGCUGGGCGGCAUAUUGGGCGACCUGACCAGCGGCGAAUUUGGUGAUACAACGCGCUACUGCACCUCGGCGGUUCCUCAGGCGGCGACUGUGGCUGCGGCGGCGGCUGGUGGUGGGGUAUCGACCACGGAGGUUGCCGCCGCCACUCUGAACAAUGGCGCGGGCGCACUACAUUUAAACUUUAGCAACAAUAAUAACAAUAAUCACUUGAACCAUCACCACCAUCAUCAUCAUCACCAUGGACAUGGACACCAUGGCCAUCAUCAUCAUGCGGCGGCGGCGACGCAUCAGCAUCAGCAGCAGCAGCAGCAUCAGCACAGUGGGCUCAUACAGUGCAAUGCAGCUGGCGGCGGCGGCGGCGGUGGUGGCAACGCAACUGGAGGGGUAGCCACCGGCGGAGCCACUGCAGCAGCAUCCUCAACCACCACGGCAUAGGUGGAACAGCAGCAGCAGCAGCAGCAGCCGCAGCAGCAGCAACAACAGCAACAACAAAAAACAUUAGAAAUACUAGAUUUACGCAAAAAUGUUAUUUAAUGUUACUUCUAUGAUCCUAAAGUUGAAAAUAUUGUAAAAAUAAUAAAAACAAACAAAAAAAAAAAAGAGAAAGAGAAAACAUUAAAAUGCAAAAAGCAGCUAAUUGCAAAACAACAAGCAGCAGCCAUUACAUAAAUGACACACACACACAAGCUACAAAAUUAUUAUUGAAUAGCUAAUCGAAGUUGGCAUCGUAGUUCCGUAACGUUGAUUUAGAUAUGUACUUAUUGUAUAGAGAGACAGGGAAAGUUGAGAGCUGCAAGCAUAGAGUUUAGAGUUUAGAGUUGUCGCGUGCUUAUGCUUUACACGUAUUUUAACCUUCCUCUUCUGCAACAAAUAAAAUGUCCUGACUGAAAAGCCUGAGUGCAAAUGCAAAGUCAACGCCUUCAAGGCCAAAAUAA